AUGGCUUGCCAGGGCCUGGGCCAGGGCCUGGGCCUGUGCACCUUCAGCUGCACCCCCAUCCUGGGCCUGGAGCGAGCCUGGUCCCCGACUGCCUGUCGCUUUUUGUCUGAGAAGCUCGGCAAGUGCCAUGUGACCCUUCUUCACCCAACAUCUUUGUUCUUUCUCCCAGGUGCCACGGCUGUGCGGGACCUGUGCUUUGAGCAGGCCGUGAUCUUUAUCGAAGACGCGAUCCAGUAUCGCUCCAUCAACCACCGCAUGGACGCCAGGUCGAUGUGGCUGUACCGAUGGUACUACUCGGCCGCGUGGCAGUGGAGUUUGAGCUUCAUCAUUUUCUUGAUCCUGUCCUUGGCUUUUAUCGAGACGCCCUCUUCGUUCACCAGCACCUCUGAUAUCCGUUACCGCGAGGAGCCCUGGAACCCGCCCUGCGGCCUCACGGAGAGCGUGGAGGCCCUCUGCCUGCUGGGCUUCGCCGCCGACCUCUCCGUGAAGAGCUACCUGGUUGGGUGGUCCCAGUUCCGGAGGAGCCUCUGGCUGCUGGCCUACCUUGUGGUGCUGGUUGCGUCUCUCAUGGACUGGAUUGUGUCGCUGAGUCUCGUCUGCCAGGAGCCGCUGCGGCUCCGCAGGCUGCUGCGGCCGUUCUUCCUGCUGCAGAACUCCUCCAUGAUGAAGAAGAUGCUCAAGUGCAUCCGCUGGUCGCUGCCCGAGAUGGCCAGCGUCGGGCUGCUGCUGGCGCUGCACCUGUGCGUCUUCACCAUGUUCGGGAUGCUGCUCUUCACGGGCGAGAAGCAGGGCGAUGGGCAGGACAGGGAGAGGCUGACCUACUUCCGAAACCUGCCGGAGGCCCUGACCUCACUCCUGGUGCUGCUGACGACGGCCAACAACCCCGAUGUCAUGGUUCCCGCGUAUUCCAAGAACCGGGCCUACGCCAUCUUCUUCAUCGUCUUUACCCUGAUCGGAAGCUUAUUCCUGAUGAACCUGCUGACGGCCAUCAUCUACAAUCAGUUCCGGGGCUACCUGCUGAAAUCUGUCCAGGCCUCACUGUUCCGGAAGAGGCUGGGGACCCGGGCGGCCUACGAGGUCCUCUCCAGCACAGCAGGGGGAGAGGCGCCCUCUCGGGGAGUUGGGGUGAAGGCCCAGGACCUCCUGCAGGUGCUUCGGAAAGUCCAGGUGGACAGCACCCGCAAGCAGGCCGUCAUGGAGAAGGUGCGUUCCUAUGGUGACGGCCUGCUCUCAGCUGACGAGUUCCAGAAACUUUUCAACGAGUUUGACAAGAGUCUGACUAAAGAGCACCCACCGCCUCCGGAGUACCGGUCCCCGUUUCUGCGGACCGCCCAGCUCCUCUUCGGCCACCGCUGCUUUGACUACCUGGGGAACUUCAUUGUCCUCGCGAACCUCGUGUCCAUUUGUGUGUUCCUGGUGCUGGACGCCGAUAUCCUGCCCCAAAACCGCGACGACUUCAUCCUGGGGGUCCUCAACUGUGUCUUUGUCCUGUACUACCUGGCGGAGAUGCUGCUCAAGGUGUUCGCACUGGGCCUGCUGGGGUACCUGUCCUACCCCAGCAACCUGUUCGACGGCAUCCUCACUGUCAUCCUGCUGGUUUUGGAGAUCUCAACUCUGGCUGUGUACCGAUUCCCACACCCAGGCUGGAAGCCGGAGGUGCAGGGCCUGCUGUCGCUGUGGGACAUGGUCCGCCUGGCGAACAUGCUGAUCGUGUUCCGGUUCCUGCGCAUCAUCCCCAGCAUGAAGCUGAUGGCUGUGGUGGCCAGCACCAUCCUGGGCAUCAUCAGAAACAUGCGGGCUUUCGGCGGGAUCCUGGUGGUGGUCUACUACGUGUUCGCCAUCGUGGGCAUCAACCUGUUCCGGGGCGUCAUCGUGAUUCCUCCUGGAAACCGCAGCCUGGCCCCUGACAACUGUUCGGCACCCUGCGGCAGCUACGAGCAGCUGGAGUACUGGGCCAACAACUUUGAUGACUUUGCGGCCGCCCUGAUCACGCUGUGGAACGUGAUGGUCGUGAACAAUUGGCAGGUGUUCCUGGACGCCUAUCAGCGCUACUCCAGCCCGUGGUCGAAGAUCUAUUUUGUGCUGUGGUGGCUGGUGUCGUCUGUCAUCUGGGUCAACCUGUUUCUGGCUCUGAUUCUGGAGAACUUUCUUCAUAAGUGGGACCGCCGAGGCAACCUGCAGUCCCUCUCCGGGGACCUGGGGGCCACCCACGAGACAACCACUGUGGAUCUCUUGUUCAGGGAGGUCCUGGAGGAGCCCACAGAGGAGGAGCUGAUGGCGAAGCUGCAACACCAUCCCCACCUGCAGCUGUGCAGGUGACAUCAGGUGCCUUCUUGGCUGGGGCGGUGACAGCAGUGUGGCCUGGGGACCGAAGCGGGUCCUGGGGAGAGGCAGCUGCGGCUGGAGGAGAGACAUUCCCUUGGACAGAGCCACUCCGCCCACCGAGGCUGUCACAGAGCUGAGGCCCCUGUGUCUGCGAGCGGAACCACGGCAGCUUCUGUCUGCAGCGUCUCAGCGCGGCCGGUGCUCUGGCAACAUCCACGCCGCGCCACGCCACGCCGCGCCACGCCACGCCGCGCCACGCCACUUUCUUACGUGAGCUGCUGUUACUUGUCUAAGUACGGAAAGAGGGCGACUCUAAAGGGACCUUUUGAGACGGUCUGAAAAGCAGGAGGCAGUGGCUUCCCCUCUGCCCUGUGAUUUCCGUGGUGCCUUUGCUGCCGGCGGCCUUCAGGGACCAGAGGCCCCCGCGGGGCCCGCACAGGCCAGCCGGCAGCCCUCCGGGCCACUGAGUGGGAUCCCGGUGGUUUUACACCAAGUGAGUCUUGACUGUUUUAUUCCUGUCUGGCUUGUAGGAACGUGAUUGGGUGUGUUUCCUUACGGGUCAGAAUGCCAAUUAUCAGUGAGUCUUGUAAGAAA